UUUUGCACCAUAACUUCCCUCCAGCAUUUCGAGGAACGCGGGGAGUUAAUCUGAAAGCGCUCGAGUGAGCAACAGCGCAUGCGCAGUGCUAAGCUACUCUUGGGAAGUCGUGUUUCUGAUACGCCACGCACCUGAUACAACGCUGACGAAUGUGACUGAGUUCAGCUGAAAUAGGUCUUUACCAUGAUCUCAGCAAACGACUUGGAACAGUUGGCCGAGAUAGAGCUGCAGAAGGAAGAGGAAAAUCAGGGGCAAUUAUGCCCUUUAACGCCAUCCAGUGGAAAUGCUUGUCAAGACACAUCACAUCCCUAUUAUGAUGUUGCGAGGCACGGAAUCCUCCAAGUUACCGGUGAUGAUAAUUAUGGCAGAAAACUGAUCAUUUUCAGUAGUUGCUGCAUGCCUCCGUCACAUCAGCUCAAUCACCAUCGAUUACUGGAGUAUAUGAAGUAUACGUUGGACCAGUAUGUUGAGAGUGACUACACUGUAGUUUACUUUCAUUACGGUUUACGCAGCAUCAACAAACCCUCUCUGAGCUGGCUCCGAAGCGCCUACCGGGAAUUCGACAGAAAGUAUAAGAAGAAUCUUAAAGCCCUCUAUGUUGUCCACCCCACAAACUUUAUUCGGAUCCUAUGGAAUGUAUUUAAACCCCUUAUAAGCCAUAAGUUUGGCAAGAAGCUAACCUAUGUGAACUAUCUGGCAGAACUUAAAGAACAUGUCAACUAUGAGCAGCUCAUCAUCCCACAUGCUGUAUUGAGGCAUGAUGAUGAGCUCUGUGCUGCUCAGAAAGGAGGACCAGCUCUACCUGCGAAGGCUCCACCCCCUAGGCCUCCUCUGCCCACCCAGCAGUUUGGUGUGAGCUUACAGUAUAUUCGAGAGAGAAACAAUGGUGUAAUGAUUCCUCCUGUGAUGUCUCAGACUGUAUCCUACCUCAAACAGAAAGGACUAAAAACAGAAGGGAUCUUCCGAAGGUCAGUCAGAGUGCAGCUCAUCAAGGACAUCCAGAAACUCUAUAACCAGGGCAAGCCGGUUAGCUUUGAGCAGUACUCUGAUGUUCAUGUCCCUGCUGUGAUCUUGAAGACGUUUCUUCGGGAGCUGCCAGAGCCUCUGUUCACCUUCACAUUAUAUAACCAGAUACAAGAUCUUACCAAGGUGGAGAGCAGUUUGCGGGUUUCAAGGUGCAAGAAAAUAAUGGAGUCACUUCCUGAGUACAACUUCAUCGUUGUCAAGUACCUCAUCUGUUUUCUAUAUAUGGUGUCUCAGGAGAGCAUCUUUAAUAAGAUGAGCUCCUCUAACCUGGCGUGCGUGUUUGGGGUGAACCUGGCGUGGCCUCGUAAUGGUGGCGUGUCUCUGAGUGCCAUCACACCGCUCAACAUAUUCACAGAGCUUCUCAUCGAGCACUACAAUGCCAUCUUUAGCUCCCACUGCCCUCCACAGCAGGUACUGCCCUGACUGCUCCACACACUCCACAGUGCCUCACACACUUUCACUACAGCUCACAGCACGAAGCCUAACACCUGACCUAGUUGUUAUUGCUUGUGCCACUGGAAUGAUGUAUCAAUUCUCAGAGACCUGUGGAGUUCUGGUGCAAAAAAAAAAAGUGUACCCUCUGUACUGUCCUGUGGACUAAACACUAAGACUGCACAUUGCGUAUACUGCACAACAAUAACACUAAAACACACAGAAGGUGUUUUGUUAUGGUGAAUGGAUUUACUUAGUCAGGUUUUAGCAAACACAGUUGAAGACAUGCUUUUAGUGGCACUACGAAUGUUAUUUUAACGCCAUUCACAUCAAUAGCUCAAUAAUUUAAAUAGCUUUAAUCAUCCCAUCUUAAAAUGUGCCUUUUAACAUGCACACACAUCUGUAGGCUCAAACACAGGCACACCCACUCCGACUGUGUAAACACAAAUCAAAGCGAAUUUCCGCCUAAAUUACAACAGCACUCGAGGUUGCCAUGGCAACCGUUCACUAGAGGUGGCAGAGAUCAUCUCGAAGGCCUGAAUCGUAACCGCAUUGAGCUGUUAUGGAAUUCCACUAAUGAGUUAUAUAGACCUGCUGCAUGUGACCUGAUGCCAGAUGAUCACUGUACAACAACUAGCUGCUCAGUACUGAUCUUUAUUCCUCAUCCUUCAAUGGCUAGUUCAUUUCACGAACACCCUUUUGCUUAUCAUACAUAUUAAGGGUAAAAAAGCAAUAUGUUUGUAUUGAGGUCAAAAAAUUAUUUAACCCAACCCCUGAUGCUAGAACACCAUUAUCGAGGUAUAUAGCAGUCAGAUUGUAAUGUUUGUCAAUAGGUUAUUAAAAUAAUUUGUAUGUAGGGUUUGUUACAGUUUAGUGCAGUUCAAAAUGGACUUGCUAAUCUGAAUAUAUGUGUCUGGUUUUAUACCGAAUUUAUACACCUGUACUGUUCUGUGAAUGGUCACUGUUUCUGAUAAUGUGAAUUUCACCUUGGUGAUAAUGUGUUAAAACUAUUUUUAAUAGAUAACAUUUUAAAAUGAAAACUUAAUAAAGUUUCUCACAUCAUCUUA